GUACACACAGCUCAUGGCGAGCCACGCAUUGGGCACUGUGCCGUACCGCUGGGACCAGAUGGACAGCCAGGGCUCGCCCUACCGAUGUGCCAACCUGGUGCAGGUGUGCUUCCUCGAGCCGCUGCCGGUGGUGCGCUGCUCUGGUCCCUUCUUCUGGGAUGGCUCGGUUCCUGGCGAGGAGAAGGCGGCGGUGCUGCGUUCUGCGCUGGGCUUGUCGAAGGAGCCGCUGAUGGCACAGCUGGGCCUCGCCCAGAAGGCGGUGCUCAUGGAAGAGACGGAG